GUGGUGAGAGUGACGGUUGGUUGUGAUAUCCGUCCUCCGAGUGCCGAAUGGGGAAGUCAGAUGGUUUUAAUCACACAUGUGCGGUACUUUGGAUGAUGAGGAGUCGGUGCUUCGGCUCGACAAUUCGCUGAGGGAGACAGUCCAGGAAGCGAUUCGCGAUGAUCGUUGAUUACAGCCACGAAAAAUAGCUGUAAUAAACGUUGUGAUCGGGAACUGUGUGAUAAGGGGAAAUAGUGAGGAAAAGGGCAGCGUCAACUGCUCACCGGGAUUUGGAUGGCACCCGAUUUUGGUGGAAAACGAUCGCCUGGCAGAGCGAUCACUGCUGCUCAUUGCGGUACCGGAGGGAUGCUACUUUUGCAGCACAGGCGAUCCGCGGUGGGACACUCACUCGGCGGUUAUCUGCAUCCUGGGAGUGCUGGGGGUCUGUCAUCAACUGCGACUGGGACUUCCGCGAGAGGAACGGUAGCGCCAACGGUUAGAACCAAUCCCUCGAGGAGGAUAAACCACCCUCGUCAGAGUGCGCAGCACAAGGUGCUGCUUGCCUCGGCGAGGCCAAACGCUGGUGUCCGGGGUUCCGAUGAACUCGCGGCGAGACUGAUAAGCGCCCAGGACGUCUGUGACAAUUCCAACGACUCGGGCCUCGGCUUCGAGGAGCGGCAGCAACAGCAGCAGCAGCAGCAGCAGCUCUCCAACACCGGCUGGAACGCUGGCGAGGAGGAUUCGAAGCGGCGCAGGAUGGACAUAAAGCUCGAAUCGGAGGACGCCAACUUUGCGUUCCCGGAAGUUCAGACACGCGGCAACAACGAGACGAAAAGCGCCGCAAGACGGAGCACAAACGGCAUCGGAGGUGCUUCUAUUCCCAGAGGCGAAUCCGGAGGCGUCGUCGGCCGCGUUAUUGGCGUCACAAGGCCGCGGCCAGCCAUCGGUGUCCUGGGCUCGAAGAGGGCCGCCUUUGCUCAUCAAGGUCCCAUCACCCUUACCUCUCAAUUAUACAGCGUGUCAAGAGAUGGAAAAACACAGCUGCAGAUAAUCUGCCAGCCAGAGCAGCAGCACAGAGCUCGAUACCAGACUGAGGGAUCACGAGGCGCGGUCAAGGAUCGGACAGGGAAUGGAUUCCCAAUAGUGCGUUUGGUCGGUUACGAGAAGCCAGCGACCCUCCAGGUCUUCAUUGGCACAGAUCUGGGUCGAGUUGCUCCACACAUGUUUUACCAGGCAUGUCGAGUGAGUGGAAAAAACUCGACGCCCUGCGUUGAGCGCAAGGUGGAUGGUACGAUUGUCAUAGAGGUGGACAUGGAUCCGUCAAAGGAAAUGUUGGUCACCUGCGACUGUGUCGGCAUUCUGAAAGAGCGAAACGUUGAUGUCGAGCAUAGGUUUCCCCAGGAAGCUGGCAUUCUUCAGGGGCGCAGUAAAAAGAAAUCUACCAGGUGUCGCAUGGUGUUUCGCACUAACAUUUCCCACUGCGACGGCACCACUGAAACUCUACAAAUUUGCUCACAGCCAAUCGUUUGCACUCAACCGCCAGGCAUACCAGAAAUCAGCAAAAAAUCCCUUACGUCAUGUCCAUGCACCGGAGGGCUGGAACUGUUCGUACUGGGAAAGAACUUCCUGAAGGAUACACGGAUCGUGUUUCAGCUGGACAAUGAGGAUCUGUCGAGCGGUAUGGAACCGCACUGGGAAUGUGCCGUGCUUCCCGACAAGGAAUUUCUUCAGCAGACGCAUCUGGUCUGCGUAGUACCUCCGUACAGACGACAAGAUCUCGAACCCAGCGAGUCGGUCAGCGUGAAACUCUACGCGGUUUCAUCGGGAAAGACUAGCGAGCCUCACGCUUUUCUUUACACCGCCGCCUCUGCCGCCCCUGAACCAUCUGUUGGAAAAAUAGAAUCGGUUUCACCCGCUUUAACCACCACUUCAGCCGAAGCCACUCUGACUUCGUCCACAGCGGUUGUUUCUCUCACAAGCAUUUCUACGAACUCGCUACUUUCACCAGUGGUGGCAAGCACGUCAAGUUUCGUAUCGGCCAUGGAACAGCAGCCGUCGCAGCCUCAAUCCCAGCCGCAACAAUCGCAACAACAACAACAACAACAACAACAACAACAACAACAACAACAGCAGCAAGAAGUGUUGAAAAGCGAAAGCUGCCAGUCACCUCCAUCAUCGAGUUCGACAGUAACACCCGUAAUGAUGUGGGCUUCACAGUCUCAGAGUUCGUGCACGGAUGUAAUGAUGCCACCACCUUCGCUGAUCGCAAAUCCGAUAUUGAGCAGACGCUCGUCUUCCAAUCUUCAGUUGAUACUCCCCGACAACCUGAAAACCGAGAUCCUCGACGACAACAGCCAGAGCAGCAUGAUUAGCGAAAACAGCAUGCAGGGAUUGCCGAGCAGCACAGCGUCCAACCAGCAAGCAGCGUUGAGCCCCCUGCAAAUGAGUGGCGAAAGCUCGAGGGACGCACCAGCUUCGCUUCUGUCCGUCGUCAGCGCCAACGUUUCAGCAGCUGUGAGUCCCUCUGAGGAGACGACAGUCAAUCUACUCGGGGUCGCAGACAUGAUUCGUAACCAGCAUCCGCUUGCUCUCGCCCCGCAAGACCCUUUCAGCGUGAUGCAAGACACCCCUCAAGUGAAAGUCCUCAGUCCGCGACACAUCAACAAGGAAUCAACAGGGCUUUUGUCCCCCGGAAGCGGAGACGGAAACUCCAGUGGACGGGUCCAAGGUUCAAGUGUUGUCGAUCUAAGAAUGAAACAGCAGCAACAGGAUUUCUCUGCCUUGACAACGUUCGCUGCGACCGCUCCUGGUCAAAGUCUUCCCGCGCAAAGUGGACACAGCAUCGAGAAAUAUCUGAAUCACAUCGAGUCUUCCUCGUCGCAGAACAAGGAACCAGAAACAGGUGGAGCGGAAGAUGAUUUUGUGACCAGCAUCCAGCAGCGAGGGUCGAUAAUAUCAACCGGCAGACAACAACAACAGCAGGCUUCGCAGCCUCCAAAUAUCCUUGCUCCGACACAAGCGACUGUGAAACUCGACGCGUUGGUCAAUUCUGCAGCCGAGACCCAUCAGCUUGGCUCACCAGUUACGGGCUCUGAAACAUCAACGGUGAAUCUGAUCGGGCAUGUUUCUCCAGUUGCUGAGGCGAUCCAUCGACAGCAGCAGCACGACGUUAUAUCUGGAUCCCCGCAACCGAGAAAUAGUCCGCCUAUUCCUGUUAAGGCGAUGAUACUCGAGGCACUCAUGCCUGCGACAACUAUCUCUGGACAGCCCAUGACACCUGUGAACGUCGCUGUUCCUGCGAAUAACGGAACCCCUGAGAAAUCGCCUGAGGAAAAUCUUCUAACUACUAUUGCCACUGCGCUUCUGCCUCCCAUGCAGGAACCGCCAAUCGACACUGCUGCUGGUACCACCGCUUCGGCUACUUGCGUUACCACAAUUCAUCAUUCACUGCAGGUACCAAGCGAGCCGAUUCCGUCGGCAGCUGAACACAUCCAGCAGAUGCAGGUUCUUGCACAGCAGGAUGCGGCUGCGAUGCAGCAAGUCCAGGUUGAGCAAGUGAUGGCGCAAGCUCAGCAGCAAGUAGAGCAGGUUGUGGCGCAUGCUCACCAGCAGGCAGUUCAGGCAGUUCAACAGGCGCAACAGCAAGUGGUUCAGCAAGUUGUUCAACACGCGCAGGUGGUCCAGCACGCGGUCCAGCAAGUGCAGGCAGUCCAGCAGGAACAGGCAGUUCCGGCGAUCCAGCAAGCGGUCCAACAGGCUACGCAGGAGGUUGUCCAGCAAGCGGUUCAGCAGGCGACCCAUGAAGUGGUCCAGCAAGUUCAAGCGGUUCAGCAGGCGGUGCAGCAGGCACAGGCGGCGCAGGCGAUGCAGCAUGCGGUUCAGCAAGACAUAGGAUCGAUGCUGAGCCAACCGGCAGGUUUUGUUGCUGAGGCAAGUUCAGCCCUGGCCAGUGGAGCAGCGCAGGAGCCAAGCCAGCAACGACUGACGACGGCUGCAGAGCAGGCGAUAAAUUCAGUGAUAACUAACGCGACGCAGGACAUAAUAAAUAACCGUCCAAUAACCACGACAACAGCGCACGCGAUCAUCGCCACAAAGAAUAUUCUUAACAGUGUCGCGACGCAGAGUGCACAAUUGAUGAACACCGCCAUGGAGGGGAUUCUGCCCAAGUCUCCGAAUGGACAAGGCGCCAUGGUUGAACAGGUCACCAACAAGACGGCAUCGCCGGUUGGCAAUCCUGGCCAAGGUGUCAGCGUGCCUGUAAGUGCCAGCGGGGCUGUUAAUCCCAGCAACGCUGGACCGCCAGCUAGGAAACCUGAAGAUGCCGCAGGCAUGUUGCCGCAGGAAUUGACUUCCAUGUCUGAGCAUGACCUUCUCAGCUAUAUUAAUCCCAGCUGUUUUGAUCCGCAAGGAGGAUUUCUCAUGUAGUAUCGACGUCGAUAUGGGUGCUAAAUUGGAUUACUUGAAUGAAUGAAGAAAAAUAAAAAUAUAUAUAU